AAGCGUUGCGUUACGCUUCUCGAACUGUACCAAGCUACUUACAAAGCUAACGCUUUUGGGCCGACUCCAAGUCAAACUUAUAACCAUCCCCGCUCCAGCUGGGCUACUCCAUUCAGUUGUUCAAAUCGACCUGCGAAAAUCAGAAGCAACAUAAUCUCACCUCUCACAAUGACACCCUCUACCAGACCCACACUGAGCAGAAACGAAUCCAUGCAGAAGUAUAUAUUACUCGCAGCUCAGAAAGAAGCACUUCAACGCCGGAUGUCGAUGUCCAUCCCUUUCGGUCUACCUAUGUCGACCUCUUCGCCUGAAUUUCAGUCCCUGUCAUCGUCAUUCACCGACUACACUUCGACAUAUCCUACAGCUACUGAGCCUGUUCCUACAAGACCAGGCACGGUGACCCAAAGCAGUGUCCAUGAUAUGCAUAACGACGAAUCGCACAAACUCUACGAGAUCAACCAGCAGAUCGUAGCAACACUCAUGGAGCUCCUGAACACCGAAGCCGUCAAGACGGAUCCAAAGUAUCGUGCAUUCAUACAAGAAAAGCUCAUGGAAUCCGAACAUCAGAUCCGCCGACAGAGGCGUCGACACUCCUCAAAUGCCGAGCGAGACUAUGCGUCCUCUAUCGCACAUCAUCUAGAGCUUGGUCUCAACACAUCGAAGACUUGGGCGUGACCUCGUUUCUUCCUAUAUGGACUUGUAAAGAUGUCCAUGCAAUCUUGUGCUUUUCUGCGGCGCUGUCUGUGGCGCAACGGUUUUUCUGAGAUGAAGUGCUCAGAUCAGAGACAAUCGAAGAUGAAAAUAAUACCCAAUGUAUACG